AUCGUAACGCACUGGCCGGCAUUGCAAAAUUUGGGAACAAAGGCUUGCAAAUUUGACAAAAAAGAGAAGAUUUAUUUGGUAUCAACCAUUGCUAUACCCGUCGCCGGAGCCGUUGUAUCAAACGCCGCCCUCAAUUGUCUCAUCAGGGCCGCUUCAUGUGAUGUUCUUUUGGCCGGCCCCGAGGCCUUGCCUACCCUGGGAGGUUUCCGGGAGACGACCAUGGCGCAAACCAAGUAG